AUGAUAAAAGAGUUCUCUGUCAACACGAUGGUAAAAAUUUAUGAGAAAGAUCGGAACAAAAUUGAUAGUUCAGAAAUUUUACCGCUAACCAGAUCCGAAAAAAAUUUCUUCGAAUAUACUAUUCUUCACUUGGCUCUUUAUGUAGACGACGUUGAAUUCGUAGACUUCCUCUUGGAGAACGAUGCCGACACGGAACUGGAGACAGAAGAUUUGGCGUCGGUUAUUUUUUCGGCGAUUCGUUUAAACCGCUUGAACCAGGGUGCUAAUGUUCACGGAGAAGAUUACAAUGGAGAGUUUGACGACGCGGCGAUGAGUAUCGCUGCUCCGUCAAAUAACGUAGAAAUGAUAAAAUUGCUGAUGAAACAUGGCGCUGAUAUUAAUGUUAAAGACAUCAAUGACAUCUUGUCUUCAUUUUCCAGGAGUUUGGUUAACGCGAUAGAUGACAUUGAUCCUGAGUCUAGCCUUCAAGAUCUUCUGAAUGCUGGAUUUGAUGUCAAUAUUGUGAGCAAUGAUGAUGAAUUACCGAUUGAUAGCUAUGGAGACAAAGAAAAGUGCCUUGAGGUUAUGAAGAAGCAUAUUGUUAAGCUGAUGGCGGCUGGCUUUUACGUCUGCGACAGGAAUAAAGAAGUUGUUUCAGGAAGUGAAUUAAGAAAUUUUAGAGUUGAAUGUGAUACAGAAAUUGAAGUCAUGAAGAAUACUUACGGAAUAAUGACUGGAUUUUCCUUGUUUGAUAUACUGCACAGAUCUUAUCACAAAUUGGCGCUGAGGUUCAAGGAUGGAGAUGAAGAUAAGCUUGACGACAAAAUGGCAGCCAAGUUUCCUCUGUACGCAGGAAUGAUUAAGUAUCGCUUGGAAAAAGCUGGUCAACGAAGAAAAUUGUUCAAUCAAGUUGAAAAUGUUCUCUAUAAAAUUUAUUCUAGAUAUCUUCCUGCUACUUUUAUUCAUGAAAUGUUUUUUUAUUUUAGUAACAUUGAAUUGAGUAAAUUGGUGAAAAAUAAAUCAGAAUUCUUACCGCUAACCGGAUUCGUAAGAAAUUUAUUUGAAUAUACUAUUCUUCACUUGGCUCUUUAUGUACAUGACGAUAAUUUCGUAGACUUCCUCCUGGAGAACAAUGCUGACCCGACACUGGAGACAGAAGAUUUGGCACCGGUUAUCUGUGUAAAAGACACAAAUGAGAGAGAAAGUAGUAUUCUUAAUAAUGAAGGUAAUCAUCAUGUUUAUUAUAAUGAGUAUACUCCACUGGAAUAUGCUGUCCAUCUAAAUGCAUAUGAGAUCGCUGAAUUUCUCAUCAGCCAGGGCGCUGAUGUUCUCGGAAAAAUGGGCAUUGAUGGAGUUUUUAACGACUCGCCGAUGAAUAUCGCUGCUCUGUCAAAUAGCGUAGGAAUGUUGAAAUUGCUGAUCGAAAAUGGCGCUGAAAUUAAUGCUGGAGACGUCAAUGGUUUGACUCCUCUGAUGAAAGCAGCUGUUGAAGACCACAUCUUGUCUUCAUUUUCCAGGAGUUUGGUUAACGCGAUAGAUGACAUUGAUCCUGAGUCUAGCCUUCAAGAUCUUCUGAAUGCUGGAUUUGAUGUCAAUAUUGUGAGCAAUGAUGAUGAAUUACCGAUUGAUAGCUAUGGAGACAAAGAAAAGUGCCGUGAGGUUAUGAAGAAGCAUAUUGUUAAGCUGAUGACGGCUGGCUUUUACGUCUGCGAUAGGAAUGAAAAAGUUGCUUCCCGAAGAAAAUUAAGAAAAUUUAGUGUUAAAUGUGAUACAGAAGUUGAACUUAUGAAAAAUAUUCACGGAAUAAUGGCUGGAUUUUCCUUGUUUGAUAUACUGCACAGAUCUUAUCACAAACUGGCGCUGAGGAUCAAGGAUGGAGAUGAAGAUAAGUUUGACGAUAAAAUGGCGGCCAAGUUUCCUCUGUAUGCAGGAAUGAUUAAAUAUCUCUGGGAAAAAGCUGGUCAACGAAGAAAAUUGUUCAAUCAAGUUGAAAAUGUUCUCUAUAAAAUUUAUUCUAGAUAUCUUCCUGCUACUUUUAUUCAUGAAAUGUUGUUUUAUUUUAGUAAUUUUGAAAUGAAUAAAUUGGUCGAAAUUAAGUAA